AUGGAGGCUUACAUUGAUGAUAUGGUGGUCAAAAGUAAGAAGAAAGCUGAUCAUGUGCAGCAUCUUCGAGACGUGUUUGAUGUGUUACGGCGAUAUGGAAUGAAGCUCAAUUCGACCAAGUGCUCAUUCGGUGUAAGUUCAGGCCAAUUCCUAGGGCACGUGGUUAAUCUCAGAGGCAUCGAGGCAAGCCCUGCCCAAGCAGAUGCUCUAACUAAGAAUGCCGAGCCGACGACAAUCAAAGAAAACCUUCCGGUACUGUCAGCCCCAGAAUCAGGCGAAAAGCUGUUUUUGUAUCUUGGAGUAUCCAGCAUUGUGACAAGUGGCGUUCUGAUCCACUACGCAGAAGGGAAGCAAUAUCCAGUGUUCUAUGUUAGUAAGACAAUGACUGAGGCCGAAAGACGUUAUUCAAAGGCAGAGCGGACGCCAGAAGGUACAGCCUUAAGCCAAGCGCUUCGGCUUGAAUUCGCAGCCACGAACAAUGAGGCAGAGUAUGAAGCGUUGCUGACAGGAAUAAAGCUUGCCAAAGAACUUAAGGUCAGGAAUUUGAAUGUUUUCAGUGACUCACAGUUAAUCAUUCGGCAAGUGAGGGAGGCUCGGCAAAUAUUACGAGCUAUUCAUGAAGGCGUAUGUGGAAACCACUCAGGGGGGAGAUCAUUAGCACACAAAGCAAUGGCUCAAGGGUACUUCUGGCCAAACAUGUCACGAGAUUCGGAAGAAUUGUCCAGAAGGUGCGAUAAGUGCCAAAGGUUCGAACCACUGAUUCACCAACCGCUUAAAGACUUGCAUGUAAUGGUCAUAUCAUGGCCUUUCGCACAAUGGGGGAUGGAUGUAGUUGGUCCUCUACCAACUGCCAGAGCUCAAACAAGUAUGUGUUACUGGUACAGACUACUAGACUAA